UUGGUACUGAAAUUUAGUUUAUAUGUUAAAGCCUUUUUCUUCUCUUGUUUCUCGUUUUUCUCACAUUCGCCCCGUCAGAACGAUCACAAGUCAUUUGUUUGAAAUCGUUUGAGCGGUUAACAUCUUUUUAGAAGCUUGUCGCAGGUGACAAUUUAUUAUUAUUAUAACUUACUUUAAACAAUUUCUUUAUACACAACCUGAGUAAAAUUAAAAUAUUUCUGAUGUGACAAAAUUUGUGAAAAUAAAUUUAGUGAUGGAAUAAAAAGAAAAUGAGAAAAACCAAAACAAGCACUAUAGAAAAAUAAAAUAAAAAACAAGAAAACGUGUGGAUUAAUAAAGCAAAAAAAUAUUUUGUGAAAAUGGCAAUAAAAUAACUAACUAGAUAUUGCCUCAAACAAUAAUAAAACAAUAAACUUGUGAGAAAGAAAACAAAAGAAAAAAAAUCUUUACUUCUUGUUCUCUUGAAAAUCUAUUGAGAAAAGCGACAACAAGUCAUCACCAGCAUUGAAACCAAACAAAUUUGGAUUAGUCAGCCAAAGAUGACGCGGAUUAAUUUUACCGCCAUUUUCCUCUGUCUUCAUAUCAUUGAGUGUCAUCGAAUUCAUUUAUCCGAUUCAAUUAUGGACAUCAUCAAUACACAGCAUGUGGAAAAGAUUUUGGCUGAUCGAAGGCAGAAUAAUAAUCUAGAUGAUGAUGUGACAGAGACAGAGACGGACGUUUAUCCCACAUCUGAUACUCUCAUAGACUUUGACUACAACACGAAUCAACCUCAACGCAAUCGUCUUCCAUUGCCCAUUCAUGGCGACAUUGUGAUGAAAUACAAUGACUCAAUUAUACCAUCACCUUCAUCAACGUAUGCAUCGCGUUUUCCGAAUGCUGAUGGGAAUUUAUUGGCUGAUUUGCAAACAUACAGAGGUGAUAAGAUCUUGAAGUCAAGCAAGAGUGCUUUGUUUAUUGCAAAGAAGGAGUUGUUGAAACAAGAUUGGUGUAAGACCGAGCCAUUCGAACAAAAGAUUCGUGAAGAUGGCUGUUACAGCAAGAAAGUUAUUAAUAAUUUCUGCUAUGGUCAAUGUAAUUCAUUUUAUGUCCCGAAAACACCGAGACGACGAAGAAGAAAUCAUCGAAAUCAACGUGAUCAUCGCGUCAGACAAUCACACAACAAUGUCGAUUCAUUUCGAUCGUGUGCAUAUUGUAAACCAAAGGAAUACACAUUUGUUAACGUAAUUCUGAAAUGUCCAUCAUUAACACCCAACUACAGACGAAAGCGAAUACAAAUUGUGAAGGAAUGUCGAUGCAUUGCACAAAACGUAAACUGA